AUGGGGUUCUUAAAGAAGAAAAAGGUCAAGAAGCCUGUAGAAAGUUCAAACGAGAUACGAGGCCCAGUUAUAGGAAUAGAUCUGGGAACAACCUACUCCUGUGUGGGUAUAUACAGGUACGGAGCAGUUGAAAUAAUCGCCAACGACCAAGGCUACAGAAUAACACCCUCCUACGUUGCAUUUACUGAGUCGGAGAGAUUGUUAGGGAAUGCAGCUAAAAACCAGGCGGUGAGGAAUCCUAAUAACACAGUGUACGAUUCUAAACGUCUGAUAGGCAGGGUAUACGGGGAUCCCAACGUUAGUAAAGACAUGUUCCACUGGCCCUUUGGUGUGGCAAGCGAAAAUGGGAGACCUGUCAUACAGGUGGUAUACAAAGGCGAACAGAAGUCCUUUACACCCGAGGAAAUUUCGGCCAUGAUUUUACAGUACAUGAAACACACAGCGGAAGCGUAUCUGGGACAAAAGGUAUACGAAGCUGUGGUAACAGUGCCUGCUUACUUUAACGACUCUCAACGCCAGGCGACUAAAGACGCCGCCACUAUUGCCGGGCUAAGGGUUAUGAGAAUAAUAAACGAGCCAACAGCUGCGGCAAUAGCAUAUGGUUUAGAAGAUACCGGAGGUGAAAAGAACAUAUUGAUCUAUGAUCUUGGCGGAGGAACUUUCGAUGUAUCGGUGCUGAGCAUAGAUGAAGGGAUAUUUGAAGUUAAGUCGACAGCAGGAGACACGCACUUAGGAGGGGAAGACUUUGACAAUCUGAUAGUAGAAUAUUUGAUGAAGGAGUUUAAAGAACAGUACAGCAUUAACGGCAAAGGCAGUAUUACUAGCGAUUUACAAAAAUACUAUUUAUGUUUAUAUUCACUCAGGUUUGAAUACCUCACAACUCCAGUUUUCAAGAAAACAUUGGAAUAUAUAGGUACAGCAUUAGAUGAUGCUAAGCUUUCAGUCCGGCAGAUUGAUGAAGUUGUUCUAGUGGGUGGCUCAACAAGGAUUCCAAAAAUAAGGAACCUCAUUGAAGAGUACUUUUCCGGGAUUCUGGGAACAAGAACAAAGAUAAAUACAGAUAUAAACCCGGAUGAAGCCAUAGCUUAUGGAGCUGCUGUUCAAGGUGCUAUUCUUGCUGGAGAUAAAUCAGAGCAGGUGCUCAUUCUGUAACCGUUUUCUUUUCUAAUACUAUCAUUUACAAAUCUUUGAUUUAACUUGUUUAAAUUAUGUAAAUUAGUUGAUGACACAUCAAUGAAUUAGAAAUACCUUGAAAUACUAGGGAUGAGCCAAAACCAAAUUCUUAGAUAGAAGAUGUUUUGCUCCUUGAUGUCACCUCACAAUCACUUGGAAUUGAGACGGUUGGAGGGCAGAUGACAGUUCUUAUACAUCGCAAUUCAACAAUCCCAAUGAAUGUGAAGAAACACUUC